AAAAAGCUCAUUAACUUUGUGGACAUGGGCGUGGGUGCCAAUGUUAUUUCUGGGGACAAUGGCGAGCUUGACCUGGCGGGUAAUAACAAACUCACGUUUGGGAUUCCUGCCUUCAGCGCCAAGGGAUCACAUGGGUUCUCAAUUCAAUUCUGGAACGGCAUUUCAAGCAUCAAAUUCGAUUCUGUCACUCUUGAGCCUACUACCAAUAAUAUCCAGAUGUUGGACCCAGCUCCCUCGGGCACGGGAGAGUGGGUCACUGUGACUGCUCCUGCUUGGGACUAUCUUUGGGUGGAAACGUACCAGCGCAUGGAAGGACCCGUUGCCUUUAAAUUCUUCUACUCGUUACCAGAUCAAUUUGGGGAAGAACGCUUUCCUUGCGACUUCAUAGAUCUGAGGUGGUACAUGCCAGCUUCUGGGCAUCCCAAAAUCAACGUCAGUCUUUAUGCAGGAUCGGUUCGCCGCAUUCAAUACACGUUUAACAACACGGCCCCCGGAGAAUAUCAACCUCCGCCGUGUAUAGCAGAUUGGCCUGCCAAGACUUUCGAAGGCCAAGUUGAAUGGGAAUUGGGACAUUGUGGAAAUUUGGUAAGGAAGUAG